AAGUUUUAUCCUGUUAAAAUUGUAUAUAUGAGAUGCAUAAAAUUUGUUCUUUAUAUAAAUACAAUUUUAAAAAGGAAAUUUCAGUAAACUGUGAGGUUCAUAAAAAUAUAUCAAUAUUGGUUCACUAAUUCCAACUAAAUACCAUACUAAUGUAAAAUGUUAAAAAUGGGAAAAACUAGAGGACAGUGCAAUAGUAAAUGGGAACUCAGUAUUCUAUUCUCUGCUCAAUUUUUUUGUAACCCUAAAACUGUUCUUUUUAAAAAGUCUACUAAUUUCAGAAAGUCACUUGGAAACAUGACUAUUCAGUUGUCAAACUGGGCUAUGGAGACAUAGUUGUGUUACUGUUUGUAAGUUUCUCUAUUUCUUACUUUCUGAGGAUUAGAGAAAAUUAGAGCAAAAUUCUGUCCUACACAUUUUGGGAAUUAGUAGCUGUGAGCAAUUUACUCCAUUUUCUUUUUUAUAUUGACAUUGGUAAAUCCAAAGUGUUUCAUAGAAGAAGUCCAGGAUAUAAGCUAAACAUCACUGAGCUCCCUUGUAUAGAAAUCUUUAUGUAAAUAAUAAGAUGAGUUUCUAGCAGUGGAAUUUCAUUCCUCCUGGCAAAUUACAUUUUCAGCAAGGUUAUACCCAUUUUUAGCAGUACUGUGUGUCUGUAAGCCCAUUUCCCUAUUGCCCAGAAACCACUAGGUAUUCUCCUCCUUGUCCUCUCUCAACUUGAUAAAAAAAAAAAAUUCUUAUCACGUUUUUGUUUCUAUUUGCAGUUCUACAGUUGCAAGUUGAGCACUAGUAUCAUUCAUGCUUGCUGUCAUUUUUUUUUCUAAUAUGGCUUACCUGUUUAUGCCAUUCGUCCAUUUUUCCAUUGCUGUGUAACAGCUCUGCAUCAGUGUUUUCAAUGUUAUCAUUCUCUUCUCUCUUGAUUUCUGUGACUGUCUUUCCUCCACCUCUUCUGUGGGCACACUAAAUGCUGGUGGUCCUCAGCCAUUCUCUCCUUCUGCCCUGCAGUUUCCCAUGGAACCAUCUAAUCUGUACAGAUACCUGGGGGUGGGGACCAUGAUUGUCUUGUCAGCAUGACUGACCAUCCCAGCAGCCUGGGACUGAAGGGAUUCCUGAUAUUCUUAGUGCUCAAAUGGAGACAGUCCUAAGCAACCUGAAACAGUUGGUCACCACUUCAGUAAAUCAAAAAAUAUUUGUUGAAUGAAUAUUUGAUGACUUUCAAGAUGACUUUUCCAGCUAUAUAACUAUUUUCUUACAAUCCAUAAUUCUAACUGGUUCAUGCACAGCACCAUUUGAAUACACUUACAGUUCCCGUUUCUAAUAUGUCCAAAACCCUCCCCAUGGCACCCUCAAAAAUCCUGUUACUCUGCAUUCACAUUCCCGGUGAAUUCUCCCUCUAGCAUUUAAGAAUUUCUGUAAUCCUUACACAUUUCACAGUUCUCAAUUUUGUAAGGCAGAUUGUCAGGUUUAGGGUUGCAGUCCAUACUUUGGACCUGAUGCAAGUUAACUGCAGACAUUCAAUUGGCUCAGUUGCUUAUGGUUCUGUGAUCCAAUCUUGUCACCCUUAUGGUAGCUUCCUUUGUUCUGAUGCUUAAAAAGAAUAAUGACUGUGUUCAGUAUUUCCAGGUAAUAAAGCAUCCUUAAAGAUAAAAGCAUCUUGCUUGGCUGGCGCCGCUGCUCAAUAGGCUAAUCCUCUGUCUGCGGCACCAGCACCCCAGGUUCUAGUCCCGGUCAGGGCGCCGGAUCCCGUCCCAGACACUCCUCUUCCUGUCCAGCUCUCUGCGAUGGCCCGGGAGUGCAGUGGAGGAUGGCCCAAAUCCUUGGGCCCUGCACCUGCAUGCGAGACCAGGAGAAGUACCUGGCUCCUGGCUUUGGAUCAGCGCGGUGUGCCAGCCGCAGCGUGCCAGCCACAGCGGCCAUUGGGGAAUGAACCAAUAGAAAAGGAAGACCUUUCUCUCUGUCUCUCUUUCUCACUGUCCACUCUGUCAAAUAAAAAUAAAAAAGAUAAAAGCAUCUUGCAAGAAGUAGUUCAGCAGUGUGCUUAAGUAUAUAAAUUUUUUUCUUUAAUUGUUUUCUUUUAAACAUUUUCAUCAACAUGUAAUGUUUGUGUAUUUUUAUGGGGUAGAGUAUAGUAUUUCAACACAUAUAUACAGCAUAAACCAACCAAACCAGGUAACUACCUUUGGCAUUUACUUAUGUUUUUCUCUGAAUUUAAGUAUAUAAAAUUUAAUAACCAUAACUAAACCAUGAAUGUCAUUUUCACAAAAGAAUGUAAAGCUAUACCAUGAUCUUUAAAAAAAUUAGGAAUUAUUAACACUUAGAGAAACUUGAUUGAAGCAAUUUAAUUAACCUGUUUUAUGGUAAAUGAAAUUACUAAAUCAUUUAAUUUACAACUUUACAUCCUUAUUUUACUAUGAUUGCCAAACACACCAGACCUUAUGUUGGCAAAAUCUGACUCACUUUGUUCAUCUUUAUGCAUGCAUUAGUCAUCUGGAGCUACUAUGACAAAGUCCCACAGUCUGAGUACUUACACAUAAGAGAUUUACUUUCUUACAGUUCUGAAAGCAGGAAGUCUUCAGCAUGAUUGGGUUCUGGGACUGUUAGGUGAAAAAUAUGGGAACAUCCGAAUCCCUGGAGAAGUUGAAGCCUCAGAGUUUGAAAUGAUCUUGGAUGCUGCCGUGGAGGCCAAGUUGGAGACCAAGUUAAUGGAAGAGUGGUAUUGUCGAGAUGAGAACUCUGUGCCCGCAGCUUAUUACCUCAGACCCAAGUCAGAAGUGCUGAGGAGCAACAAAAAUGCAAUGCAGCCUGCUACCACUGCUGACAAUGAGAUGACCUGGAAAGAGAUAUCAGAUGAGAUCAAGAAGAUAUUUAAGGCUGCUGUAAAACUGCUACACGAGAAGGGUAAAAUGAAACACAGCCAAGCUAAGAGGUACCUGUUCUCAGCCAUAGAGGAUGAAUUUGACUUCGCUCUAGGAAAGCAAACUCCAGCAUUCCUAAAGAAGUGUGUUUGCUACAUUAGGAAAAUUGCUAACAUCGAGCGCUUUGUGAAAAUCCCAGAGAUGGGAAAAUACAUGGAUAUCACUGGAACAGAUCCCAGGAUUAUUCGUGACCCAGAAGCUCAAGAGAAGCUGAUAAAACUCAGGGAUGAAUUUAUUCCAACUAUUGUUGCAUCAUCUAAUCUGAGAGUAUACACGUCUGUUACUCAUUGUGACAUGAAACUAGGCUAUUCCCAAGAAAUAGAAAACCAUUACAUAGAAGGACUUGGUAAACAAUUUUAUGAGGACAUGAUUGACAUAAUCCAGGCCACAGUGCAACAGAAUUUUGACACUGAAACAGAUACACUGUAUGAUGAGAUCCUUCAGCAUUCCUCCCUAUGUAAAACAUAUGCCUCCUUCUACGAGUACAAGUGUGAAUCUCUAAACAUCGUGCAUAAAUACCUUCUCCCAAGCAAAACUGGGCACAUCAGCCCUCUCAUUAUAUACGGUGGACCAUGCACUGGGAAGACCCUUCUGCUAGCUGAAGUAGCAAAGAAGGCCUGUGCCUGGCUUCAUGAUGACACAGGACCAGACUCUGACCCUGUCGUCGUCGUGAGGUUUCUGGGAACAACAGACAUGAGCACUGACCUAAGGACUCUCCUCCUGAGUGUUUGUGAACAAUUGGCAAUUAACUACCAGUGUCUGGUUCAAAGCUACCCUAAGAAGAUCCAUGACCUCCGUGACUUAUUUAUAAACCUCUUGAAUGAAUCUUCCUUGCAGAGGCCUCUAAUAAUAAUAUUCGAUGCCCUAGAGCAGCUCUCGGAGAAUGACGAUGCCAGAAAGCUCUGGUGGCUCCCAGCUCACCUUCCCCGCUUCGUACGGAUAGUCCUCUCCACACUGCCCAACAAACAUGGGAUCCUGCAGAAACUAAGGUGCCUUAUCCACGAAGAAGACAACUACAUUGAGCUGAUUCCCCGGGACAGGAAGAUGUGCAGCCAGGUACUCAAACACCAGCUGCUACGAGUUAAAAGGAAGGUCACGUCCGGCCAGCAGAUUUACGUGAACAAUGCCUUCUCCAAGUGCACGCUGCCAAUGUUUGUGAACCUGACCUUCAGGGAGGUGAGACACUGGAGAUCUCACAAAGACGUCGAUGAAACCUCCCUCUGCGUCAAUGUUCAUGAGAGUAUAGAGCAGUUAUUCUGGUCCUUGGAGAAGAUGUGUGGUCAGAAACUGGUCUCCAGGGCUCUUGGUUACAUCACCAUGGCCAAGAUGGGUCUGAGUGAGAUGGAACUGGAGGAUGUAUUAGCCCUGGACAACAGUGUUAUGAAUGAGCUCAACGAGAAUGCCAGGCCCAACAAUCCCCUGAGAGUACCUUAUUUGUACAUUGCGAGGCUCAAGGAAGGACUCAACGGAUACUUAAUAGAAAGACAUGUGAAGAAUGUCACACUCCUGGUCUGGGCCAACAGACACCUACAUCUCAUAGCCCAGAAGCUGUAUCUGCAGGAUGACAGAGACCUGCGUGAAAUGCACACCAUCCUGGCAGAUUAUUUUCUAGGUGUCUGGUCAGGGGGAAGGAGGAAAGCAUUCUGCCUGGAAGACCCCUACCUUAAUGGCUGCCUUGACUUGGAGAGCAGAAGCCUGCUUGAGGAAGAAAAACACUUCAUGGAACAGGCUUCCUUUGACAGACAGGCCCCAGACCAGCCCUGGGUUUUCCAGUGCAACCCCCUGGAGCCUGACAUUUUCUUUGUCAACCAUCGGAAAAUGACUGAGCUUUUGCACCACCUGACAAGGUGUGGAAAAACCGAUGACCUGCUUUAUGGUAUCAUCAUGAACUUCAGCUGGCUUUAUACCAUGAUCAAAAUUGGCCAGUUUGAUAAAGUGCUUUCAGACAUCGAGCUGGCGUACAACUACUCACAAGAGAAGGAGCUGAAGUUCCUGGCUAGCACCCUCCGCAGCAUCAGAAACAAGGUCGUUGCGUUUCCUGGCUCCCUUUCAGCUGAGCUGCAGCAAAGACUUCUGCCUGUUGUGAGCUCCCUGCCUAAAUUAAGACACCUUCUUUUAGAGUGUGACAAAGAUGGGCCCAAGUACUGCUCCAUCGUGCCCUUGCAUUCAUCCAUGGACGUGACGUACAGCCCAGAGCGUCUCCCUUUGUCAUCCAGUCACCUGCAUGUCACGGAGAUUCUGCCUACCUGUAACCCCAGCACUGUCCUCACGGCUUUAGAAAACGGUUCCAUCAGCACCUGGGAUGUAGAGAGCCGCCAGCUACUCAGGCAAAUCACGACAGCCCAGUCUGUCAUCCUGGGCAUGAAACUCACUACUGAUGAAAAGUACCUUGUGGUGGCUACGACAAAUAACACCUUGUUGGUUUAUGACAACGUCAACUCUUGUCUCCUGUCUGAAGUGGAAAUCAAAGGGACCAAGCAUGGGAGCAGCUCCACCUACAUCAAUGGAUUUACGCUGUCAGUCAACCAUGCCCUUGCGUGGCUUGAAGCCAGUAAAGAUGUCACCGUCAUUGAUCUGCUCUACGGAUGGCCCCUUUACCAGUUCCACUGCUGGUAUGAAGUAACGUGUGUCCAGUGCUCUCUGGACGGUGUGUAUGCUUUCUGUGGACAGUACCUGAACACGACCACCAUAUUUCACUUAGGGAGUGGAGAAAAGUUAUGUACGGUGACCUCUGAAUUUUCAGGAGGUUUUGUGAAGUUUCUUCUUAUCUUGGACACAGCUCAAGAGAUGGUAAUGGUAGACAGUGAAGGAAGUCUUUCUGUUUGGAAUACUGAGGACAUUUCCAACCCCCAGCUGACUGAUGACUUUGACUGCCGCAGAGAAGACAGCGAGGUGGUCAGCAUUGAACUUUCAGAGGACCAGAGUGCCAUUCUGAUCUGUAAAGCCCUCAGCAUUGAGCUCUUAGACACUGGCGUGUGGAAGGUGGCUGAGAAGUUCAGAGCCAAGCACAAUGAGCGCUUUAUAUCAGCUGUGCUGUCCAAAAACGGAGACUGCAUCAUUGCAACCAUGGAAAAUACCUCAGCCGUGUUCUUUUGGAGGCGGGACACGGGACAAUGCAUGGCAAGCUUACAGGAGAUCUCAGGUACCAUAGUGAAGUUGGUAAAAUCCAGUCACCACAACAUGCUGCUCUCUCUAUCAACCAGCGGCAUUCUAUCUAUUUGGGAUAUAGAUAUAAUCACAGCCAUGUCCAAUAUUGAUAAGACUGGGAAACCAAUCCAAAGUCUGGUGUUGCCUGCAAGAGGGGAAAUCAUUUACUCCCUGGAUGGCUCUGACUGUGUUCAUAAAUGGAAUUUCAGCAGCGGGUUCAUUGAGGCAGUAUUCAAGCAUGAAGGAACAGUUGAGCACUGUGUGUUAACAUCCGCUGGCGACAUCAUGGUGACAUCAGAUGACAAAAGCAGCCAGUAUGUCUGGCACACCAGCAGUGGGGAAAACCUCUUCCGAAUUAAUGGGCAGAGAAUAUCUCAGCUGCUGAUUACACACAAUGACCAGUUUGUGGUCUCACUGUGUGAAGAAAAUGCCUCCAGGGUGUGGAGACUGGCCACAGGCCACAGGGUCUGCAACAUUCUGACCACCUUGCAGAAUGCCUUCAUUACUUCUGCAAACACCUUCGUGGUGGGGAUGACGAAAAGCAAAGUGCUGGCUGUCAGUCUUUGGACGGGAAGUAUCACCAAGAAAUUUUGCUGUGAAGAUGGGACCAGCAUUGUGAAUUUUAAACUGAUCCCUGACUGUCCUGACAUCAUUGUGUUCAUCACAUCAGCUGAGACUGUGAACAUCUGGAGUCUGGCAGAUGAAGUGAUCUGUCGACGCGUGCAACUGCCAAACAACUUCUUGAAAAAUCUAGAGGAUUUUGAAAUUUCUCCCAAUGGAAAGCUAGGCAUUAUAUCUAGGGGAGAUGAAAAUAUCAAUGUAUUGGAUUUACACAGUGGUAAAUUACGGGUGGUUCAUGCCUCUGGGAUCAUCUGGCGCCAGAGGUUGUCUCGAGAUGGUCGCUACCUGGUGUACAUUUGUUUCCGGAAUGGGGAGGAGGAGGAUGAAAAUGGUGCAAUAUCCAGUCUAAUCGUAAUGAGGCUGGCUGAUGGCAAAAAUAUCGGUGCUUGUUCUCUUUACAAAACGCCCACUUUUCUCGCACUCUCUCAGCGGCACCUGCACAUCAUUGUGGGCUUUGAUGAUGGGAGUAUAGGAAUAUACACAGUAGUGGACCGUGUAGAUGCUGCACUAAAAAUUAAAAUUGCUACUUCAAAUAGCAGACAAAUUUUCAACAACACAACACAGGUAUCCAGGCCAAAGUCUAACAGUUACUGUUUUAAAGUGUCUGUGGAUUGCUUAUGGAGAGAGUCUACCGAGGUCUUUGCAAGAGACAGCCCCAUCACGGUGAGCGACUCUUCCGAGUCCAAUGAAGCCACGCCAUCCAAGAAACACAACUCUUGUUAUGACCGGGUGUGCUCUGCCCUAGAGUCCAGAGGCCAUAGCUAUGCCCCUGAUAACUGAAAAAGUGUUUAUCUUGUUCAACAUACAUGAUCCACGUACAAAAGACACCAAAAAUAAUGUGUCUUCUGUAUCCCAAAUGAUCAACCACUCGUUUCUUAAAAGACAGGAAAGAUGCUAAAAUCCCAGUGUUGUGCUGAUGUGCUCAUGAAAUAUAUGGAGAUGUGAGACUGGUCUGAGGUGAAGUCCUUUUGUCAAAGUGUAUCCAGGAAUGAAGGAAUGACAGAAAGUGUCUAGAAGUAGUACUUACAAUUAGUUGUGUUGUAAGAAGUAGCAUAAUUCAUGCCAUUGGUUCAGAUGAGAGAGGCUGGAGUUACCAAUAAACCAUUUGGAAAGGGAUUCGUUCUAAAAAUUCAGUUGAAAUCGUAAAGACAAAAAGCUGUUUGACUUCAAAUGAUUGUGUGAUAAGUAAACUCAGCCUUAAUCUCCUUUCCAUUUUACAGUCCUGAAAACUGUGUAAACCUCGUCUGCAAAUGAAAGGUCUAAAGGUGCAAAAUCAUGUAACAAACAUGCCCAGAUGCAUUCCCAGUUUCCCACGAGACACGACAUGACCUAUGAGACCAUGAACUGGACUGGGACAAGAACUAACCGUCGCUACCAUAGGGCUACUCACCAUGGCGAGUCGGUCUUCAUUACAAUACAAUUGCAGCAACUGCAUGCAAGGGUUUCUGUAUGAUAGAGUAUAUGAUUUUUAAACUAUUUACUUCCUUGGUUACGAAAGAACACAUUUAAUAAGAAAACACAAUCUUUUCACAUCUUUUUGAAACGUAUAUUUGUGCUGUAUGUAAGGAACCACAGAAAGGGCAUUACACAUUUGAUCAGUUCUGUCAUCGUACUAGCAAAAGUCCGUACUAUUCAGUCCAUUGUGCGGCGGCAUCAGUUUUUUCCUACAUCCCUGCAGUAUAUCAAUAGAAAGCAAGUGUUCUCAACAGACCAUCUCUGAAACACUGAUGACAUUUGCCUUAUUCUCAUUCCCCCUCUCUCCUAUUUAAAUGCAGAUAGAUGACAAAAUACUCUGGGACAAAUUGAAUAUGCCUGUCUGUGUGCUAAAAUAGCCCUUAUAUCUUAGGAGUGUCCAAAGGUUCUUUCUUGUCCUUAUUUGUAAUGACUUCCUUACUGCUGCACACCACAUGUAUGCUUCUUUACCUGUUAUACUUCCUGAGGGAUGAUGCUUCUGGGCCUCUUAUUGUCUUAACCAUUUCAAAGUAGAAGCUGUGAAAUGGUCUUCAGUGUUUUAAAAACAACAGCAGCAGCUACACUUACUGAAAAGAAAAUAUUACAUCUCGAAAGAGUAAAGUGAUUUUCUACCUUUCAUAUCCACCACAGGGCAUGUCAGUCAUGAUGGUUGGUUUGGUUUUCUUUGAAAGUGGCAAUGACUUUAGUAAGCAUUAUUAUUAUUAUAAGUAUUAUUAUAAACAAAGAACAGAGUGGUCCAACUUUGCCAUGAACUCAUUGCAUCCCUAGCCAGAUGUUUAACCUCCCCAGUGUAUUAUUUUUUUCUUAACCAUAGGUAAAAUUACUGGAAGCUUCUGCUAUGGCCCUCAUAGAGUGUUGGUAAGUCAUGUGAGAAAAAAAAAUACAGCAACAUCUUGAGAGCUGAUGUAAAUGAGAAAACCAAGUGUUCUGCCCACUAGAAAACCCAAGUCUAUUAUGAUUCACUUUGGAAAUCAUUUUGACACUUAAGCAUUCAAACAUGUGAUUCAGAUAUAAACACCCCACUCCGUGAUUAAAGACUUUUAUUAAGAUCCUCCGUCCCCAAAUUUAGCUUCCAGACACAGGUGGCAACCCAGAGACGGCUCAGAGCCACGUAUAGAUCACCUGGAGUUGACUGUGUGAAUCAGUGCUGUUUAACUCUUCAGGCAACACAUUCUUAGUCCUGUCAUUAUCAAUUAGAACUUCAUGCUAUACAUUUCUAACAAUUAAACCCCUAGAUGGAUUAAAUGUAGUGUGUGAAUGUUCAAUGUAAAAGCCAAUAGAGUAUAACAAGUGACUUGAAUGAUUUUUUUCCUAACAUGUUUGCAACUGAUAGCUCAUAUUGAAUGUUUUUAUGUAAACUUUGUAUUGUUGGGGAGAACAACCCACUCAGAGAUUUAUAUUUUUCAUAAAUGUUACAUUUAGUUAAAUUUUGUUACAGAGUUGUUACACUAGAAAAUUCUUUCAGUCUUUAAACAAUAUACAGUCUUGUGUAUGUAUUGUUUGUAUGAAUAAAAGACAAACCACUUA